ACGACGAGAGUGACUCUAACGUUACACCACAACAACCAGCAGCUCGAGCAGCGUGCAUAGCUGCCAGCGUAUCACAAAUCGAUGUCGUCGGAGGCUUGUAGUCAAUCAUGAAGUCCCUCCGGUAGUACAAGCAGGCGUCAAAGAUCCAUCAACAAGAUGGGCAUCCAAGGCCUGUUACCUCUGCUGAAAAGCAUCCACAAGCCGACUCAUCUCCGCAACUUCGCCGGCCAAACGCUCGGCGUGGAUGCGUACGGAUGGCUGCAUCGCGGCACGGUAUCAUGCGCCAUUGAGCUUGCUCAGCAGAAACCUACUCGGAAGCACAUCGAUUUUGCUCUGAAUCGCGUGCGUAUGCUCCUCCAUUUCGGCGUGCGGCCCUACCUGGUCUUCGAUGGCGCCUAUCUACCCAGCAAAGAACACACCGAAAACGAGCGUGCGGCCAGACGAAAGGAGAGCAAGAAGCUUGGUCUGGAGUUGCUUGCCAUGGGCAGAGCCCCCCAGGCGUAUCUGGAGCUUCAGAAAGCCAUUGAUGUCACUCCCAGUAUGGCUCGGGAACUGAUCGAAGAGCUCAAGCGCAUGGACGUGCCAUAUGUCGUUGCUCCUUACGAGGCCGACUCGCAGCUGGCCUACCUGGAGAAGCAUGGCCACAUCUCGGGAGUUGUCAGCGAGGAUUCGGAUUUGCUGGUGUUUGGGGUCAGGUGCCUGCUCACGAAACUUGACCAGUAUGGGGAGUGCGUUAUGGUGAGGCGUGACGACUUCACGGCUUGUCGAGAGAUCAGCCUUGUGGGAUGGACGGAUAAGGAGUUUCGAACGAUGACUAUGCUAAGUGGCUGCGACUAUCUGCCAGGCAUUGAUAAGAUGGGAUUGAAGACGGCCUACCGACUGGUUCGCAAGCACAAAGCGGUUGAGCGAAUCGUCCGCGCUGUGCAAUUCGACGGAAAGAUGAAAAUCCCACCUGGAUACCUCGAAGCAUUCAGCAACGCCGAGCGAACCUUUCUGUACCAAUGGGUGUUCUGUCCGGAAGCACGAUGUCUGGUCAACUUGACGAAGCUGCCAAGCGAGCUCAGCAGCGACGAUAUGGGUUUCCUCGGGCAGAGCUGCGAGCCUCAUGUCGCCGAGGGCGUGGCAGUCGGCGACCUGGACCCAAACAGCAAGGAGAAAUUGGUCUUCAACCACAUUCCACGCGAUCAUCCAACAUCUCGAACGACAAGAAUGGUGCAGACCCCAGACGAGAAGCACGGGAAGCCCAUCUCCGAGUUCUUCAAACCGAAGCGCACUCCAUUGGCGGAACUGGAUCCAAACUCCUUUACGCCUUCGCCGAGCCAACAAACGCUGUUGCAAAGCCAACAGGGCCUUUCAUGGUCCGCUUCUCAAGUCCAGCCAGCACGACAGCCAGCAACACAGCGCACGUUCACCGCUCCUCAGCCCAAUCGACGGGCUGUGGGGGACCCCGGAAGAGAACCACCCAAGAGACAGCGAUUGUGCUCUGACAGCGGGCUCUCCGCUGCCAUGGGCGGGCUUGCAAACAAAUCAAGUGCCACAAGCCGCUUCUUCACACGUCCUGGCCCUGAUCCCAGCCCCAGCCUGCGGAAGCCAUCUGCGCAGAGCAGGAAAGCGGACAACUUCGACUUGUGGUCUGACGAUCCUGCUGCGGAAGCCGUGGCGGAGAUGAUGUCUACUCAGGAGGCGGAAGCUACAGAGGCAACACCCUCACCGAAGAAACGAAAGAAAAUUCCGGUCUUUUCCGACGCGCUGGCGGAGGGUCAGGAUUCUACCACAACGACUACUACAGGAAAGCAGAACGAAGCGUCGAUUACCCCGCUUGCAGACGUCGCUGCAAAGGCGCCAUCAACCAAGAAUGAGGGCGACAAUGCCCGUCUCGAACAAAGUGUUUUCACCAAAGGCAUCGAUGCCAACUUCGCAAGCUUCAAAGCAAAGUACGGCUUUCACGCAUCCUCGCCAGGAAAGACAACACCCUCACGCACGCACUCUAAGACGCCUCUGCAGACUGUCGAACACAACAUUCCCAGCCUCGCAGGAGCCCUGGAUCAAAACGACAACGACGACACGAAAGCAAUCACCAUUCCGAAUUCUUCCCCACCCCCUCUACCCCGUCAACACCCAACUACUGCCGAGACACACGAUGACAACGACGGCACCUUCAUCACCGAUGCCGAAUGGCGCGAAAUCGAAAAGAGUGAAGUUGAUCCCGCGCCCGCCUCGAGUAUGCUAGCUGUCCAAGGGAGCGAGGAUUUCUUGAUACCCAAUAGUCCCGAGAGCGCGAGGAGCGGCAGCGCAGGCGAAGGCGAAGAUGGGGAAAGAGUGCGACCGCUGCUGAAUCUUGGACGGUUCGCUUUUGCUGGGGGGUAUUGAUUGCUAGGCAGGGCGGAGGUGGAGGAGCAAUGACCACUGCUCAUGAUUGGGACCUGGCGGCAGAGUGGCAUCUUUGCCCGUGCGGGCUGCAUGCAUGUUACGAAUUGUUACGCGAGUU